GCGAGGGAGUGGCGGAAGUGGAGCGGUGGAGGCGGAAGAGGCGCCAUGGAGGCGCUGGCUGUCACCGCUCAGCUCUGCGGGCCGGAGCUGGAGCGCUACGGGCGCUGCGUGGCCGCGAGUCCCGGGAGCUGGCACCGAGAUUGUCACCAACUGUCCCUGAGUGUCACCCAGUGCGCCGCCAACCACCCCCUGGUGCGCCGGAUCCGCCGCGACUGCUCCGAAUCCUUCGGGAAUUUCGAGCGCUGCCUUUGGGAUCGGCCCCGGGACACGGCCGAGUGCCAGCCCCAGGUCACCAAAUUCCUGCAGUGUGCCCAAAAUGUCACCCAGAGUGCCACCCCUGGGGACAUCUCAGGUGCCACCCCCGGUGUCACCUCUCCAGAGAAUUCCUGGAAUUAAAACCCCGGGAAAGCUUCGGAACCUUCUGGAAUCUUCUCCAAAAUUCUUGGAAUUUCCCCCUGGAAAAGAUGAGGGGUUUGAACCCGAAUUCCCAGGAUUUUAUCCCAAAAAUCAGAGGAAGAAAUAAAAAUUCCAGAAGGGAUCAUCGGGAUGGGACCCAAAAUUGGA